GAGGAACGCCCGAGGUGGCAACACUUCUCCCCACUUAGGAAGCUUUGGCCAGACUGGAGCCUAUCCACCCUGCAAGCUGUAGGAGAUGGAUAUAUGGCCUUUCCUAUACGGGGGGCUGGGGCUGGGAGGGCUCCUGCUGCUGGUUGUGGUCAUUCUGUCUGCCUGUCUGUGUUGGCUCCAUCGGAGAGUGAAGAGGCUGGAGAGGAGCUGGACCACGUCCUCCCAGCAGGAGCUCCACUACGCAUCUCUGCAGAGGCUGCCAGGUGGUGGUGGUGGGCCUGACCAUAGCAAAGGAGAAGAAGAGGCUGCCAAGAAGGACCCCAGCACCGACUAUGCCUGCGUUGCCAAGAACAAACCCACCUGAGAACCCCCAGGCGGCUCCUCAACCCAGGUGCCUGGGCAGUCACCCUGUGGCUCACCGAUUAAAGACUUUGCUCUCCCCA